AUGUCCCUCCCAACAUCCAUCAUUUCACAAGAUAUCACAGGAACAUUUGAUCUCCCGACAAACAUAUCCUCCUUAGGAUCGCGAGAACAAUUGAUCAUCAGAGCAUAUCAAAAUGAACCAUGGUUCCCUAAUGAAUCUACUACAGCAAUCCUAGAAAAGAAACUUUGUAAAGUUAAUAGGGAAUUACUCUUCCAAAUUUUAAUGGUGGAAAAUAUAUCAAAAUCAAAAUUGGCUCAAGUGGAUGAUAUUAAAGUGAAAUUAGACCCUAAGAAUCAGAAAGUUGAUAGACUCCGAUCGGGGCAACUGAAGGCCCCUCCUACAUAUAAAGUUGUCACACAAGUUGAUGUAGAUGCAGAUGAUAAUAUAGAUAGAACUGGGAUUGACAAUAUUGCAAGUACCAAUAAUUACAACAACAACAACAAUAAUAAUAAUAAUAGUAAUAAUAGUACUACGAAAGCAGUGUUUAAAUUAACGUUACAAUCCAAGAAUGGAGAUAUAUUUUUCGCGAUAAAUUCUACUCCAUUACCAUGGAUAUCUUGUAUGUUAGGCUCUAAAAUAGUUAUUAAACCUGGAACAAUUUUUAAUAAAGGUGUCUUCAUUAUAAGUGAUACCAAAGUCGUCUUCUUGGGGGGUAUUAAUAGAGUGUGGAAUGAGAAUAGGGACCACAAAAUGUCUGCAUACCUAGAAGCUAAGUUAGAUCGCGAAAAAGAAACUUCCAAAGGCAAUAAACAACAGAACAAAAGGAAGAGAAAGGCUCCUGGUAGUUGA